CUCCCUCUCUCUCUCUCUAUCCCUCCCAUUCUGUCUUUACCUCUCUCUCAUUCCCUCUUCCUAACCCUCUCUCCCCUCAUCUUCUCUUUCUCUCAUCUCUUCCUCCUUUUUCACAUUCCUCUCCUCUUUUACCUCUCCCUUCCAUCCCUCCUUCUUACUUAUCCCUUCCCUCCCUCUCUCUGUCUCUCCCUCCCUUUCAUUCUCUUCCUCCUUCUCUUUCUGUCCCUUUUUGUACUUUCCCUCCCCUCCAGCACUCGUCCCCUCCCUUUCUCUCUCUCUCCAUCCCUCUCUCUGCCCUCCUUCUUUCUCUCCCCCCUCCCCGUGUCUGGGCUGCUGCUCUCCUCCCAUUCAGACUUCUGUCCCGGAAGGUAACCCAGCCCUGCAGGAAGUAGAAGGGGCUCCUCCUCUAUCUGUCUGUGCCCCCCUCCAUCUGACAAUUCUCUCCCCCUCCCCAGCCGAGGGCCACUGACAGGGGGUGACCCCCAGAAGAGAGGAGGCGCGGAGCGUGAGAGACACCAGGCGGGGAGCCAGGUCUCAAGAUGGCAUCGGACUUGGGCAGCAGCCUGACCUCCAUAGACUGGCUCCCACAGCUCACCAUCCAGGCUGCCAUGAAGGGGACGCAGGGCAGCGGCGGACGUAAAGGUCCAGGGUCCCCCACCGAUCCCAACGCCAUGCUGACAAAGGAGGAGGCAGCGGCCCACCGCGACGGAAAGCCCCCUUACAGUUACGCCAACCUCAUCCAGUACGCCAUCAACUCGGCACCUGCCAAGCGCAUGACUCUCAGCGAGAUAUACCGCUGGAUCUGCGAUAACUUCCCCUAUUACCGCAACGCUGGCGUCGGCUGGAAGAAUUCCAUUCGCCACAAUCUGUCUCUAAACAAAUGUUUCAGGAAAGUUCCUCGUCCAAGAGAUGACCCGGGAAAGGGCUCUUACUGGAUGAUUGACAGCUGCCCAAAAGAAGAUAUAAACCUGCCCCGACGGAAGAGACAACACCCUGACGAUGAGCUCUCCCAGGAUUCCACUGAGCAGGAUGUCAAUAAAAGCCCCGCCAGUGCAACCAGCGAAGUGUCUUUACCCCCGGAAGCCGUCCAAGGACAUCACAUGGAGAAUAACUCCCCGCUCCCCAGCUACAGCCAGGCUGCCCCGACUCACAUGCAGUCAGAUUCCAGGGCCCCGUCCUACAACAACAACGACUGCUACAAAUUCUCCUUCUCCGAGAACAGCAGCCCGGACCUGAGCUCGUCUUUCCGCAGCCUGUACUACUCUCUGUUGGGCAAACAGGGGCAAUCACCUUUACCUCCGGAGGUGCAAACAUCCAGCUGCUGUAUGUACCAGCAGAACACGGGGGGGAACUCUUCUGUGCACCCCCACAGCGUCCCCAACAUCAGCAGCCCCCCACCUCAACACCAUCAAACCCAGCACCCGUCUUAUCUCCCUCAGCAGCAGAUGCCCCGGCCGCCAGUGCCUGGGAUGUCCCUUGGGCUCCCCAGCGACUGGUGCUCAAACAUUGACUCCUUAAAGGAAAGCUUCAAGAUAGUGAGCAGUCUGGAUUGGUCCAGCGUGGAUCUGUCCCAGUUCUCAGACCUCAUGGAAAGUCUACGUCAGGCAGAGCUGAAGAACUGGAGUCUGGAUCAGCAUCACAUCGCCAGCCUGUGCGACUCCCUGAGCCAUCUGCUAAACCAGACCGGGCUCCUGCCGCCAACGCACGGGCAACCCUCUCAGUGCCAGGCACAGUGCCUGCCCCCCACCACCAGCAGUGCCUGCGCGCUCCGGGGCGGGAAGCCCGGCCAUAGCAUGGCAGUAAACUCCUACGGGCAAAAUCAGCAUCCCCCUGCCUCCUGUGGUCACACUUUCACCGCACCCCCUGGUUACCCCAUCCAGACCCAGGCACCCCCCACCUACAGCCAGCAAGGACGCCACUCACAACGUGCUUUGUACCCCCCGCCUCGUCCCUCGCUACGCUACCCCCACAGCAGCGACGACAUUCAAGAUGACUUUGACUGGGACUCCAUCGCUUAAAAGACUCGCCAGCCCACCCCGUGGGGCAUUACAGAGACUGGAGUGAGUGCCGCACUCCGCUACGUGUGUGUGUAUGUGUGUAUAUAGAUAUACAUAUAUACAUGUAUAUAAUCGUAUAUCUCCGCCCGACAAUCAGGGGCACAGUAUCCCCUCUCGCUAAGCAGGAGGGGACCAUAAGAAAAAGCCCCGUUUCACCCGAUAUUGCCCCCCCCCGAUGCCAUAAAGAGAGGGAGUCGAAAUAACGACGAUGCCUUUCUGUCUGCCUGCCCCGGCGUGGGGGGAGAUCUCCCAGCGCCGCGGCUUCUGGUGUAACUGAAGGAAAGAUGGAGCGGCCCGAAUUAUUUAUACGGCACAUGCGUACGUCACGACAGAAACUGUUAUUAACAUGCACAAGACUCCGCUCCGGAAAUAUCCACCGACUGGCGAAUCCUCGCCGCCAUCUUGGAUUUGUAGCCUCCAUGUUUUGUCACCAUUGAGGAACGCCGCCCGACAACCUUUUGCCGACCUGUGAGUCCAGUAUGAAAAGAAUUAAGCGAUGCAUGGUGCAGGGUUGGGGGCAUCCGCGCAGCCCCUCUUAACUGUUUCAGCGCUGGAAUGCUUUAGAGGAAAGAAGAGGAGGGAUUGAAGAUACGUAUCCAGAAAAACCAAGACGCUCGGACUUUUGUGAAAUCACAGACAUUUUUUUCCAUUUCAAGGACAGAACUUGUUUUCCUGCUUUAAACAAAGUGUACUAAUCAAACCACCUGUGCACAAGCAUUGGGAUCUUAUAAAAGAAAAAAAUAUAUGGUGUACCGCUGCUUCUGAGGCCUGGCUUUGGGAAAUGUCAUCUGUCCUGUUAUUGUCAUCAUCAUCAUCUGUGUCACGCUGGUCUGAAUACAAUUAUUGUUCAAA